GGGGAUAUACAUUUAUCCCUUCUCUGCCAAGCUCUAUCGGAGUCUCUUUCAAGUGAAAGGGCUCUCUUCUUCAUUCUAUACCUCAAUUGAGUUUUUAAUGUUCGCUGCAAACAAGCUUUCUCGAAUUCGUUCCCUCCAACAACCGAUUAGACACAUCACUAUGCCUCCCAUUCCUCCAACUCCGAUCAAGCUCGCCAUCCUCGACGACUACCAAAACAUGGCCACACCACACUUCGAAAAUUUAAAACCCACAUUCUCCAUCACCGUCUUCGGCGACACUCUCCUCCCUUACAACCACCCUUCCACCCCUCCAGAAGUUAAACGACAACUCGUCGACCGCUUCAAACCCUUCACCGUCAUCUCCUCCAUGCGCGAACGCACUCCUUUCCCGCGCGAUCUCUUAGAGCAACUACCCAACCUCAAACUCCUCCUCACUACGGGAGUCCGAAAUGCAGGCAUCGACAUGGUUGCAGCGAAGGAGCUCGGCAUCCACGUGACCGGUGCUCCUGGGAAAGGGCGCUCUACCUCAGCUGCGGCAAAGAAGAAGAGAGGCCCUGAUUCAACGACCCAGCAUGCGGUCGCUCUUAUCCUUGGCAUUGCGCGCGGUAUUGCGAGCGACGACAAGGGAGUCAAGGAAGGAGGGUGGCAGACGGACCUCGCGACCGGGUUGUCCGGGAAGAAUUUCUCUACCCUCGGACUUGGACGGCUUGGGGGCAAUGUUGCGAAGAUCAUGUAUCAGAGUUUUGGAAUGCGGAUCUUGGCUUGGAGCUCGAGUCUUACGCAAGAUGCUGCUGACGAAAAGGCGAAGUCGUUGGGAUUGCCGGUCGAGGAUGAGGAUGGGAAAGUCUUCAAGGUUGUUUCGAAAGAGGAGUUGUUUAAAGAGGCAGAUGUGUUAAGCGUGCAUUACGUGCUUUCCGACCGCUCAAGGGGAGUCGUCGGUGCUGCCGACUUGGCGUUGUUGAAACCGAGCGCGCUGUUCGUUAAUACGUCGAGAGGGCCAUUAGUGGAUAAUAACGCACUACUGGAGGUGCUGGAGAAAGGGACCAUUAGAGGGGCAGCGGUGGAUGUCUUUGAGAUUGAGCCGUUGCCCAAAGAUUCGUGGUGGAGGAGUGAGAAGUGGGGAACGGAGGGGAGGAGUAAAGUGCUGUUGAGUCCGCAUAUGGGGUACGUGGAGGGCGAGACGAUGGGGGCUUGGUAUGAGGAACAGGUUGAGAUUGUCGAGCGGUGGCACGAGGGGAAAGAACUUCUGAAUGUACUGGCGUAGGGGUUGUAGGCGACGACAAAGAUACAAUGGAAUCUGUUUCAAGCUGUGCUUGCUUGGUGUUUCGCCCUUUAAUUGUUGUUUGACUACUUGAUGCUUCAGCACUUUUCGAAUCCGCAGCUUGCGUUCAUUCCUUGCAAUCCAUUGCCGCUGUUCCCCAUUGCCGCGACUACGCCAUCUUAAUUGCGUUGCAUAGUUGGAGAUGUCCGUUUUCGUAAUACUUUGUACUUAUAGAAAAAAGCCUAAAAA